AUGUAUGGCCACUGGACUAAUAAUUGUGUACGUUUCAGGGAUUUGAUCGAAAAGGCGAUUACUGAUGGUCGUCUUGCAUUCGAAGAAAAAGACAUGAAAGUUGACACAGACCCAUUCGCUGCUCAUACUGGAUAUGCCGAACCAGUCUCUAUGGGGGUCAACAUGGUGGAUGUUACUGUGGAAGAGGAUGAAAACAUCGAGCCUAUCUCUGAUGAGAGACUCGAAGAGUUAAUGGAGGAUUUUGCCAAGGAGCAGGAACCCAUUUACCCAAAGGAAGGAGAUAGUUUGGUCGACUUCUUAUCCAAGAAGAAAGAAGCAGACAAGGAAGUCAUGUUGUGCCCUUGA